UGGAUUUUCAAAGAAGUCGGAUGUUUUAUAAAUCGGAAGUCAACAAUCGUAAAAUUGAUAAUUGAAAAGUGGCGCGGUGCGGUUGUCGAGUGAUUUCACAUAUACGUAUAUGUAUAUAAUACAUACGUAUUAAAAGAUAUAUGCCACCUGCAAAUACUUGCAUACGUAACACAUUUUGCGCGUAGUUAAUUUUGAAACUUACAUUCACAACCCAGACACAAUGGAGUCCACCUUUGACGACUGGGAUUUUGCGGUAUUGAUUACCAUAUUGGUAAUCUCGGCUAUGAUUGGACUUUAUUAUCGUUACACUGGAGGCAAACAGAAGACAAUCAAAGAAUACCUAAUGGCCGAUCAGAGUAUGACUACACUUCCGGUCGCUGUUAGUUUAAUGGCCAGUUUCAUGUCGUCCAUCUCGUUGUUGGGUGUUUCCAGCGAGAGUUACCAGUUUGGCACUAUGUUUUGCGUAAUCAAUCUCUCCUACAUUAUUAGCACACCGAUAGCGGCAUAUUUAUUUUUACCGGUAUUCUAUCGUAUGCGCAGUAUGAGUGUUUAUGAAUACUUGGAACGACGGUUUGGCCAUUCAACACGUCUCGCCGCAUCAAUUUCAUACUCCGUACAAAUGAUUCUCUAUAUGGGCAUAGUACUUUAUGCACCAGCGUUGGCACUCGAAGCGGUGACAGGCAUUAGUAAAGCCACUGCCAUACUGGUUAUUGGCAUAAUUUGUACCUUCUACUCGACAAUUGGUGGUCUCAAAGCUGUCUUAAUAACUGAUGUAUUUCAAUCGCUUUUGAUGUUUUGCGGAAUUUACUCGGUAAUUGUGGUGGCUGCAAUUAAAGCCGGCGGUUUAUCACCAAUUUGGCAAGUUGCUGUAGAAAGAAAUCGUUUCGAAUUCGCCGACUUCUCUUUGGAUCCCACGGUACGUCACACUUGGUGGAGCCUACUAAUUGGUGGCAUGGUGACAUACCUGUCAUUGUACGGUGUCAAUCAAGUGCAGGUACAACGGCUCUUGAGUGUACGAGAUUUGGAAAGUGCCCAAGCGGCUCUGUGGUGGGUUUUACCGAUUUUGUGUAUACUUAGCUUCAGCACCUUAUUUACCGGUCUGGCGAUAUUAUACUACUACAGAAACUGUGAUCCCCUAUUAGAGGGUAGAAUACAAUCGAGAGAUCAGCUCAUGCCUUUGUUUGCAGUGGAUACUAUGGGGGAGUAUCCGGGCUUGUGUGGUCUUUUCGUAUCGGGCAUCUUCUCCGCUAGUCUAUCAACUGUUUCAUCAGCCGUCAGCUCAUUGUCAACUGUCACACUGGAGGACUAUAUUAAACCAUUGUACAAGCAUUUCAAAAAUAAACCCUUACUGGAUGCGAACUCAACACUGCCGAGUAAAAUUAUGGCAUGCAUUUACGGAUUGGUCUGCAUCGGCAUGGCGUUCACAGCCGAUUCCAUGGGCGGCGUACUACAAGCAUCACUCACUAUUUUCGGCAUAGUUGGCGGUCCACUACUCGCGCUCUUCACCCUCGGCUUGUGUACAACGCGUGCCAAUCAACGUGGUGUACUUUUGGGUCUACUUCUCGGUUUAAUAUUCUCAUUUCAAAUGGGUUUCGGUGGUCCAAAGCCACCGGAAAAGACAUUAGAUUUCAAAGAUGACGGCUGCAGUAAUAAAAAUGGCACUUUGGUGGCGGCAGCGUUAACGCAGAUGCUAAACUAUAAUACAACAGUGAUAUUGGAAUCGUCAUCGAGAAUUGAGCAGACCGCAGUUGAAUAUAAUUGGUUCUACAGAUUGUCGUAUUUGUGGCUCUCGGUAAUUGGCUUUUUAAUCACAACAAUUGUGGGUUAUGCUUCGAGCUUCUUGUUGGAAAAGUUCAAAUUGGCUGAUAAUAAGCAAAUUUAUUUGGAUAACAAACAAAUCGAUGUGGAGUUAUUUAUACCACCGCUAGCACGAAGAUUGAGGGAGCAGAAUGAGAGUAAUGCAGAAGAGUUGACUAAGUUGGAGAGCAUCUAAGUAGGAUAUUUGAGUUAUUUAAGUAAAAAUAAAAAGUAAGAAAUUUUAGAGGCAAGUAUUUACAUAUAUGUACUUAGUUAUGAGAAG